GUAGUAAAGUCUCCGACUCGAGGGAAAAACAAUGUGCAUGUGAACGAGGGAUCUGUUCUUUUUUGUCAACUCUGGACAGUUCAAAAAUAUGGCACAGGGAAAGGGAUCAGUAAAUAUUUUUUCCUUCAAAGAUGAAAGAUGCAGCCCUGAUCCUGUGUUUGACUAUUCAACUACACUGUAUGACAGUAGUGUACCACUGGUAAUAGACAAUGGUUCCUACCAGUGUCGGGCAGGCUGGGCAACAGUUAAGAAACACCAACCACAGUUGAUCUUCAAAAACAUCACUGCCAAACAACGAGGCAAAAAGGAGUCUGAACUGCAAGUUGGGAAUGAGAUUAACAACAUUGAAGUGGUUCGAUGGAUUCUCCGGACGCAGUUUGACAGGAACCUGGUGACUCUGUAUGAUGUCCAGGAACAGAUCUUCGACUACAUAUUUACUCACAUGGGAAUUAACACAGAGAGUGCUGUGGAACAUCCUAUCCUGAUAACAGAGCCUGUGUGUAACCCAAACUACUGUCGCCAACAGAUGUCCGAACUGCUGUUUGAGUGUUACCAUGUACCACGGGUGGCCUAUGGUGUAGACGCAUUGUUCAGUCUUUAUCAGAAUCAACCAAAACUAGACAAAGGUGAUGCGUUAGUGGUGGACUGUGGUUACCAGGCGACACACAUCCUACCUGUGUUAGGGGGACGCAUGGACAGCACCACCUGUCGCCGCACCAAUUUGGGUGGAGCUCACCUGGAUAGCUUCAUGCAGCGUCUUUUACAGCUUAAAUACCCUGGCCACUUCGCUUCCAUUACAUUAAGUAGGGCUGAGGAGUUGGUGAGAGACCAUUGCUAUUUAGCUGCAGACUAUGCGACAGAUUUGGAUAACUGGGUUGGAAAUGACUACUAUGAUGGCAAUGUUCACAAAAUACAGCUGCCUUACGUUAGUGCUCCAGGAAAUCAGCAGACAGUUUCUGCUAAACAAGCAAAGGAACGUCGUGACCAGCAGAUCCGCAGACUAAAGGAAGUCAAUGCCAAGAAACGUGUGGAAAAGCUGAGGAAUGAUGAGGAACGACUACAGGAGCUGAUGAGUCUGCAGGAAUUAUUGGAGGACGAAGAUGAUGAAGAAUUUAAUCGAGCCUUACAGGGGUCAGAGUUUGAUUCAGCAGAAGAAUUGCAGACAGCAAUCAAUAAGUUGACAGGGAAUAUCCAGAGAGCAAAGGCCAAGAUCCUUGGUAUCGACCCACCUCCAGAGGAAGAACAACAGGCCAAGGUCCCUGUUUAUGAUCUAUUGGACAUCCCUGAUGACCAGUUGACCCCUGAUCAGUUGUCCAUCAAGAAACGCCAGAGGAUGCUGAAGAAUGCUCGAGAAGGCAGAAUGAAAGCACAAGCUCUCCAAAGAGCCAAGCGUCAAAAAGAAAUCGAGGAAGACAAGAAAUUGGAGAUUAAAAGGCUGAUGAACUUUGACGGCUGGUUACAGGAAGUGAGGUCAAAGAGACAGAAAUUGAUAGAUGCUCGUGCAAAGAGAAAGCAGAGAAAAUCAGACAUGGCUAAGCGUCGAACAUUGGCAUCUCAACAAAGAAUGAAAAUCAUCACACAGCUGGCCGGAGGUGGAUCUAAGAAGAAGAAGAAAGAAGACACCUUUGGCCAGAAUGACGCUGACUGGGAGGUUUAUAAGGAAAUACACCCUGAGAAUGCUGAUAGUGAUUCAGAAGCUGAGGAGGAAACACUGGAGGAACUUGAAACACAGUUACGGGAACAUGACCCAGAGUUUCAAAAGGAGCUUGAUAAGGGCAUGGAUAACCAGGGCGUGUUUGAUAUAGCAGAGUACUAUAGGCUACACUUGGCUAUAGAGAGAAUCAGGGUACCAGAACUCCUAUUCCAGCCGUCCAUGCUGGGCCUGGAACAAGCUGGUAUAGCAGAAACCAUGAACUAUGUCCUCAAAAAGCAUGAUGCUGAUCGACAGAAUAGACUGGCUCAGAAUGUGUUUUUGACUGGGGGAAAUGCAAAUUUCCGGAACUUUCAACAGAGACUGGAGACAGAAUUGUUAGAAAUGAGGCCAUUCCAGUCCCUCUUCAAUGUCUCAUGUGCAGCUAACCCAAUUUUGGAUACUUGGUAUGGGGCCAGGAAAUGGGCCUUGUCUCCCCACUUCACUGCCCACAGCAUAUCUCGACAGGAUUAUGAGGAGAAGGGAGGAGAAUAUUUGAAGGAGCAUAGACAAUCCAACCGCUUUUUCCCCACACCAGUUGUGGUACCGACGUCUUAGGCUAAGACUGUUGUUUCCCGAAAACUGCCAGGAGUAUCAAUAACUUAUUGCUAUCAGUGUCUUAGAGAAUGUCUGAUAUUUGCCCACACCAGUUUUGGUACAGACAUCUUAUAUCUAUUACUGAUAUUUCCCUAAAUCUGCCAGUGGUAUCAACAUCUUACUUAAAGAUUGACUGACAUUUUCUACACUGACAGUUGGAGAUGGAGAUCUGAAUUAAGACAAACAGACAAGUAGAGAUGUUAUUGAAGGAUAUCGUCAGGGUUUCUAUGGAAACAAUGUACAGCUAAUUCCAAGUAUGUUAAAACCUAAUGUGUGUAACCCUGAAAUGUGUGAUCAGGAAAUCAAUUCAGCAGAGACUGUAGUCUUAAUUAGAUUCUUCUCAAGAUUGCUGUAGUGACACCUAUCAUGGUACAUAUGUACAUGACAGAAGCAACCAGAAAAAUAAUAUUUGGUUGUGACUGGGUACUGGACAUUCCAGAAAAUGUCAUAAAUUCCUUUUGAAUCAGUCAGUAUUGUUUAGGGGAAAAUGACAAAGAGGGGCCACAGUAGAUUUGGGUCUUGGGUUCAGGUGACAAAACCUUUGUGUCAGAAUACUGGAAGUCCCAUCUCCUGUUGUAGAUUGUCACAUUCAGACCAGCAUGGUUAUCAAAUGGAUCACUUUUGUGAAUUUGAAUAUUCUAUUUGAAAAUGAUAAGAAGUUAGACUUGAAUAUGAGGUGAAAGAUGAUGUUAACAUGCCAGUGACCACGGAUGUGCCAAUGAUGUCACAAACUGUAAUAAAGACAUCAUAAAAACAA